AUGGCCCCACAGAACACCGAGGCCGACGCCGUGCAGAUGCAGGCCGCCGUGGAGAAACGGGCCGGAGGAGGCGGGGCUAAUGGAGUGGGCGGGGCUGGAGGGCGGGAUUUGGAGAGUCAUGAGGAGUCGGUCAGCGAGGGAUCUAUAGACCGCAUCCCGCUGCGUCAGUGGAUCAUGCACGGCGCCGUCAUGUUCGGACGAGAGUUCUGCUACGCCAUGGAGACGGCGCUGGUCACACCUGUACUGCUGCAGAUAGGUCUUCCAGAGCAAUACUACAGCCUGACGUGGUUCCUGAGCCCCAUCCUGGGUCUGAUCUUCACGCCUCUGAUCGGCUCGGCCAGUGACCGCUGCACUCUGCGCUGGGGCCGCAGACGGCCCUUCAUCCUGGCGCUGUGUGUGGGCGUCCUGCUGGGCGUCGCGCUCUUCCUCAACGGCUCGCUGAUAGGUCUUGCUAUAGGAGACGUGCCAAAUAACCAGCCGAUAGGAAUCGUGAUGACGGUUUUGGGGGUGGUGGUGCUGGAUUUCUGUGCGGAUGCGACGGAGGGUCCCAUACGAGCGUAUCUGCUGGAUGUGGCCGACACUGAGGAACAGGACAUGGCCCUCAACAUCCACGCCUUCUCUGCAGGGCUCGGAGGGGCGGUUGGUUACGCCCUCGGUGGUCUUGACUGGACGCACACAUUCUUGGGUCGAACCUUCAAGUCUCAAGAGCAAAUUCUGUUCCUGUUCGCCGCGGUUCUGUUCACUGUUUCCGUGGCUCUGCACCUGUUCAGCAUCGAGGAGCAGCAGUUCAGCCCUCAACAGGACCGUCUGGAUGAAGAGGCAGAAACCGAAUCCAGUGUUAAAAUCGCAGCACACCAACCCCAGCUCGAAAUGAUCCAUGAAGACGAGUCCUACGAGCAUUACGACCUCUACGCGGACCGGCGAUCAGAGCGAGAGCUGGACAUGGACUUUUUAGACGUGGACAUCGUUCGAAGUAAAAGCGACUCCGUUUUGGCGAUGGCCGACGCUACGCUGGACCACCACGACAUGCUGUUUCUUCGUGAAAUCGAGCCGUCUAUCUUCCAAGAUCGCAUUUCUUCCUAUCACGGGUCGCUGCCGCGGCGCAGCAGCAGUGUAGAGAGUCAAGAGUUCCUACGCGGAAAAUUCAGCCGACUGUCUGUGUUUCUGCAGCAGGCCGAACGUGACGGAGAAGAAGCUCUGCUUAACAGUCAGCUCAACCAAUCCAAAGCACCCAACGGACAUACGACGAACCUCAACGGCCACGGGCCGCCCGGUAUCAAUCCCUCCUGCACCAACGCAUCCAUGCACCGCAGACACCACACCUUCUACCGACAGUCGUCAUGCACCUUCUCCUACUACGGCCGGGUCGGAUCCCACCUCUACCGUUACCGGCGCGCCAACGCCGCGUUCCUCAUCAAACCGUCCUGCAGCAUGAACGACAUCAACGAGAUGGAGAAGCGGCAGAAACAGAACCUUGGCAUUGCUAGUUCCAUGCUCUACUAUUUGAGCUACGAAAAUAUAGGAAAGCGUUCUGUAGUUCAAACAGCCCCGCUGAACUCCACCACCCUUCAUAACUACCACAGAGGGGUUCAGAUGGGCUGCUGGGGGCUGGUGAUUUACGCCACCACCGCCGCCAUCUGUUCAGCUGUACUGCAGAAGUACCUGGAUAACUUUGACCUCAGCAUAAAGGUCAUCUACAUCCUAGGCACUCUGGGCUUCGCCAUCGGUACGGCUGUCAUGGCGAUCUUCCCCAAUGUCUACGUCUCCAUGGUGAUGAUCAGCAGCAUGGGUAUCAUCUCCAUGAGCAUCUCAUACUGUCCGUACGCUCUGCUGGGCCAGUAUCAUGAUAAUAAAGAGUACGUCCAGCACAGCCCCGGCAACUCCAAGCGAGGUUUCGGCAUCGACUGCGCCAUCCUGUCGUGUCAGGUGUACAUCUCUCAGAUCCUGGUGGCGUCGGCGCUGGGCGCAGUGGUGGACGCGGUGGGCAGCGUGCGUGUCAUUCCCAUGGUGGCCUCCGGUGGCUCCUUCCUGGGCUUCCUGUCCGCCUGCUUCCUCGUCAUCUACCCGGGCUCCGGCGGAGAGGCUGAGCAGACGCGGGCGCUGACAUCCCCUAAUAACAACGGCGUGACCGAGAAGCCCAGCUUCCUCAAGCUCACGCACAAAGGCGCCGCCACCACAACCUGCAAAGUGGAGUGCGAAUCCACGCUGUGAAAGCGAUCAGAUGACGGCGAACAUCUAAUGCCGAGUUCACACUGCACCAUUUGAGCCCCGACUUUCACUCGCCGACAGGUUUUGCGAAAUCGCCAACGAAUGCCCGAAAUCGUAGGCAAAUCGGUGCUCGUUCAUGUGAGUGACAAUUAUCAAAGAUGCAAUCAGAGAAUCGCCGACGCCCGUGAAAUAUUUAACAUGCUACACUAGGGCUGCACGAUU